AUUGGCUCCUUAGCUCGGUUCUGCUGGGAGUCGCAUCCUACCUGCUUCGGAGGUGUACUGCCUGUCCACUCCUUGUACUCACAGAGCUGCUGCUGAGGCUUGAGGCAAAACUCUGUGCUUGGGGACUGAGCUAGUGGAGGAAGGACUAGAAGCAACCCGAUGGGUUCUGGGAAAGCCUUCCUCUUCUCUCCUUCCCUCCUGUGGAGUCAAACUAGAGGAGUGAGGUUGAUAUUCUUGUUACUAACCCUGCAUCUGGGAAACUGUGUCGAUAAAGCAGAUGAUGAAGAUGAUGAAGAUUUAACUAUGAAUAAAACAUGGGUCUUGGCACCAAAAAUUCAUGAAGGAGAUAUCACACAAAUUCUCAACUCUUUGCUUCAAGGUUAUGAUAACAAACUUCGUCCAGAUAUAGGCGUGAGACCCACAGUAAUUGAAACUGAUGUUUAUGUAAACAGCAUUGGACCUGUGGAUCCCAUAAACAUGGAGUACACAAUAGACAUAAUUUUUGCCCAAACCUGGUUUGACAGCCGGUUAAAGUUCAAUAGCACCAUGAAAGUGCUUAUGCUCAACAGCAACAUGGUGGGGAAAAUUUGGAUUCCUGACACUUUCUUCAGGAACUCAAGAAAGUCUGAUGCCCACUGGAUAACCACGCCUAAUCGCCUGCUGCGGAUUUGGAGUGAUGGAAGGGUUCUCUAUACUCUGCGAUUAACAAUUAAUGCAGAAUGCUACCUUCAACUUCAUAAUUUUCCUAUGGAUGAACAUUCCUGUCCACUGGAAUUUUCAAGCUAUGGAUACCCUAAAAAUGAAAUUGAGUACAAGUGGAAAAAGCCCUCUGUGGAAGUGGCUGAUCCUAAGUACUGGAGGCUAUAUCAAUUUGCAUUUGUAGGGCUACGAAAUUCAACUGAAAUCUCUCACACAAUCUCUGGAGAUUAUAUUAUCAUGACCAUUUUUUUUGACCUGAGCAGAAGGAUGGGCUAUUUCACGAUUCAGACAUACAUUCCCUGCAUUCUAACAGUGGUUCUUUCCUGGGUGUCUUUUUGGAUCAAUAAAGAUGCAGUGCCUGCUAGAACAUCCCUGGGUAUCACUACGGUUUUGACUAUGACAACCCUCAGUACAAUUGCUAGAAAAUCUUUACCCAAGGUCUCCUACGUGACAGCCAUGGAUCUCUUUGUCUCUGUUUGUUUCAUUUUUGUGUUUGCAGCACUCAUGGAGUAUGGAACCCUGCAUUAUUUUACUAGCAACAAUAAAGGAAAAGCUACCAGAGACAGGAAGCUGAAAAACAAGACUUCGGUGUCCCCAGGUCUCCAUGCUGGAUCUACUCUGAUUCCCAUGAACAGCAUUUCUCUGCCUCAGGGAGAAGAUGACUAUGGUUACCAGUGUUUGGAGGGCAAAGACUGUGCUAGCUUUUUCUGUUGCUUCGAAGACUGCAGAACUGGGUCCUGGAGAGAAGGGCGAAUCCACAUACGCAUUGCCAAAAUUGAUUCCUACUCCAGAAUCUUUUUCCCAACAGCUUUCGCCUUGUUCAAUCUGGUGUACUGGGUUGGAUAUCUAUACUUAUAAGUUCUGCCAAGAGAUUUAAAACACACACACACACACACACACACACACACACACACACACACACAUACACACACACACACACAAGUCUGGCUUAAUCCAAUAUAAUCAGUUUUAUUUCCGUACAUGAAGUUUAAAUUUAAAAUGAAAGACCACUAGCUAAACUAUGAAUGGUAUGGUUAUGUGAUUAGGGCUUUCAUAAAUGAAUAAGACAGAAUUAUUCAGGUUAAUCUAUCUGAAUAAACAUGAAAUUGAUUGUCAAAUAUGGCACAUUUAAAUCAUAAGCUUAUAUUUUUACUUUAACUUUUUUUAUGUUCCUUGUAUACAACUAAUGUUGGACUUAAUACUUAUGUAAGAAAUAUUUUGAAUAUGAAAUGAUUUUAACACAUAUUUUAUUUAAAUAUAUCUAUUCCUUAUAAUGAAAGACUACUACCUAAUAUUAAAGUAUUCUUUGCCUAUAUUGGUCAUUAGCUUGAUUUUAUUUCUUGCUUUGAAUUUCCCCUGUUUAGGAUAUAGUUUAUUUAAAACAAAGCCAUGAUUUUCUUGGAUUUAUAUCAAAGAUAUUCUAUUCCCAAGAAGAAAAUAAAGUGUAUCAAUUACUCUUUAAAUAAUU